UCAAACCAACGACCCUCAACAAUUUCUUUGUUUCAACUUUCCAAUCAACUUUACGCUACGCGAAACCAAUUCUACCAGAAAGUUAUUUUCUCAAGGAUGCGUCCCGAAAAAUACUAAACAUUCGUGUUUUCGACUUGUUUAUUUACGUAAUACAAAGAUGAAAACACCGCAAGUAAAGAAGUUGAAAACAAAAAUUGUGAAAGUCAGCACGAAACAAACCAAGGCGAUAUUGCCGGCGUACAAGGCGAAACGUAAAUUAGUUGGUGGAAAAAGGAAAUCCCUUCGUUUAAUUAUGAAAUCCUCCCGUACGAGGACUAAGACCGUUCAGAAGGUUUCGCCGGACAAGAAACAAUCACCAGGUUCGGAGUGUAGCGUAUUGCAAAGAAGGAAGAAGACGCGCACGGUCUCAAAAGAGUUUGACAACGCGAAACAGAAUCGGGAUUCUAUGGGUGUUUUCUUAGAGUCGAGCCGCCACGACUCUGCGGAAGUAUCGUUAGCCCGCGAAAGAGGUGCCGAGCGAUGUAGUGACGUUUCAGAGCAAAGAAACAUAGGUGCACCGGUGAUAGUGGAAGCCCUUUCGGAAAAUUUAUCCUCGCUCAGCAUACCGGAGGUAUUUCGCCACGAUCGAGGAACGAGAGCACGAGAAAACUAUGUCACCGAUUUUGAUCGAUCGUGUAUGCGAACCAUCGAUUCGCGACAAAACGAUAUCGACGUUACUCGUUCGUCGAGCGACAACAACAAUUCUAACGACGAGGGAAACCACAAUAGGAUAACGCCAUCGUCGACGAAUAGUCGCAGACAACGAAAAUUAAAGAAGCCAUCGCGGAAUGUGAAUGCAAACGAUCCCACCGCUUCUCCGGAUAAAGGUAACACGUCCGUUGAUAGAGGCGAAGAACGCGUAAUCGACGAAGCGGACAAAGAUGACGAUACGUCGGAAACGAACGUUACCUGUGCCAACAAUAGUAGUAACGAGAUACGCAAUGAUCGUUGCCCGGUGCGUUUUUAUUGUCUGAAAAAUAAGGUUGUAGCCGUAAUGGCGGAGAAGUCACGAUUUUGUUUCACCGGCAAAUUAGUAGUAAAUGUAAUAUACGGAGCGAUACAAGCGUACGGUUGUGUUACAAGCGCGAGAAACGGUCCUGUCGAAAUCUACUCCCCGAGAGGUUAUAGCAAUGUUUUGAUCGAAACCAGUGAUGGAUCUUUACCAGACGAUCAAUCGGAUGUGUGGACGAAGCUUAAUGCCGAAGGUAUCAAUAGAGACAUAAAGAAUAAGUUAGUCGUCGACAUUGAUCAAGUACGUAGCGGUAUGGCAGUUGUUCUAUUGUGGAAUUUAGAGAACAAAUUGACGAAAUUUCUGAACGUGUAUUAUCCGUUUCGACUAUUUCCAAGGAUAAAAAAUGCAUCGUAUCAUUCCUGGACCGAGCCAAAGAGAGCCGAAGUAAUAUUACAAUCGAAUCUUUAUACCGGCAACAACGAUUGCAAGGAAUUGAUCGUUGAUCCGCGCGUUGCGUGCGAGGUCGGUGAGAAAAUGUUAAACGAUUGGCGCGCGAACAAGUGGUCCUGCGCGUUGAUCGCUGGCGGUAAAAGCGUUGGCAAAUCCACUACGACGCGUUAUUUGAUAAACAGCAUAUUAGCCGCGUGUAAACAGGUGGUAUUGGUGGACGUUGAUCCUGGUCAAACGGAAUGCACGCCGGCUGGUUGUAUAUCCUAUAGUCUAAUCGAAGAACCUUUGAUGGGGCCAAAUUUUACGCAUUUAAAAACGCCUAUUUUCCAAUUGUAUAUCGGAGACGUGAACGUGUCACGAUGCAUCACGCGAUACAUCGAAAGCAUGAGGUUGUUGAUCGAUAAAUUAUGCAGCAGUACCAUGCUCUCGCGGUUACCCAUCGUCGUCAAUACGAUGGGUUUCUCUCAAGGUAUCGGAUGGGAAAUUAUUAUGUAUACCAUCAAAUUAAUUCGACCUUCUUUGGUCGUACAAAUUAUGUCGGAAAAGUCUAAAAACAAUUACAUCGGAUACCUGAGUAAACAAGUGGUAAAUCGGCAGCAACCAUGGGCUUCGUGGAGCGUGAACGUUGUCGAUUGGAACCGACCGUGCGUUCACGAGCUAUACGUGGUGCGUUCGCACGCGGAACGCAAAGCUGCUCCAGGAUACGAGACCUGGAACAUGGAGCCGUAUCAGCAACGAGAACUCGUAAUGAUCUCUUAUCUGAGCGAGAUCGUGCGCACGCCAAACGAUAAAAUCGUAUCGUUGAACAUUAACGAAGCAGUGCCGUACACAACAUCUUUUUCUUCGUUGUUCGUAUCGAUUCCACGGGCAUUCGUUCCUCCGACGCACGUGUUGAACGUGAUAAACGGCAACAUAGUAGCUCUGUGCGGAAUCAAUACAGAGGAUGACGAAUCACGAGGGAUCGAAGUUACGUCCGGUCUUCGUAUACUGGAUAGAUCUCCUCUUUGCGCUUGUUACGGUUUCGGGAUCGUUAGGGGAGUCGACACGGAACGAGAAGAAGUGUAUAUUAACACGCCAUUACCGAUACGCACGAUGCAAUACGUGAACUGUUUGAUGGGAUGCAUACCGCUACCCAUUACCCUUUUGCAGCCGUCUCAGCAAAAGAAUGUACCUUACACCGGUGGAAAUCAAGUUUUGCCAAUGAGCCGAGAACCUCGUAGAGGAUAUUUUCGCAUGAGGUAUCAGAAGGUGCAAAACAACGCCUAAACGAUUCGUCUACGAAUUUUAUUUGCGUUACCGAAACACGUUGUACAUAGCAUCGAUAAUUGUUUCCCAUCAUUGAAAAGUCAUUUAUAAUAUUUUUUUUUCGUUUCUUUUGUUUUUUCAUUUAUAUCACCGAUAGAAAAUGAGAUAUUGUAAAAAUGUACGAUACAACGAUACAAAUGCGCGUGUAAUAUAUAAUUUCCAGUCGAGAAAAAUGACGGGCUAACGAAACGUGUAUGGUAUAGACUGAAUCGAGAUGACAAGAUCUAAACAUAAUGGGCAGUGUAUAAAAGAGCUUGUUGUCUUGAUUAUAAUAACGAAAAUAAAUGCUUAACGACGAUUUAUAGAAAAGAAGAGAAAAAUAAAAAA